GAUCAUAGUAGCUCUGCAGAGGAGGGGGCCAGCCUGAUUUAUGCUCAGCUAGAGAAAAUCAUCAAGCAGGAAUUGCUGGGUCUUGAAGUAGCAGAUGUUGAGUCUAAGGACUCUGGGAUGGACGAGGGGUGCGAAGAAGACUCGGGAGAUGUGCUGUGGGACCUACAUGAUGAGCAGGAGCAGAUCGAGGCCUAUCAGCAGGCUUGUAGCGGCACCACCUCACAAUUAAGCUUCCAGAAGUAUAUAGAUCGUUUGAAUGACAUGAUAGCUGCUCCCCCUCCAACACCACCUCUCCUGGUAUCUGGGGGUCCAGGCUCAGGAAAAUCUCUUUUACUCUCCAAAUGGAUCGAGCUCCAACAGAAACAAUCCCCCAACACCUUGUUUCUUUAUCAUUUUGUUGGUCGCCCACUUUCAACAAGCUCAGAGCCAGUUCUCAUUAUCAAACGCCUCACAGUUAAACUGCUGCAGCACUUCUGGUCCAUUUCCGGCUUAUCCAUGGAGCCCAGUAAGAUCUUAGAAGAGUUUCCCCGCUGGCUUGAAAGACUGUCAGCGCGCCAUCAAGGAAACAUUAUCAUCAUCAUUGACUCCAUUGACCAAAUACAGCAAGCAGAAAAACACAUGAAGUGGCUAAUUGACCCUCUGCCUGUCAAUGUCAGAGUGGUGGUGUCUGUCAAUGUAGAGACUUGCCCUCAGGCUUGGAGGUUGUGGCCCACACUCCACUUAGACCCACUGAGUCCCAGAGAGGUCAGGAGUAUAGUCAAUGCAGAGUGCCAGAGCAUGGAUCUCAAACUUACUAGGGAUCAGGAGAAGAAGCUGGAAAGGCACUGUCGCUGUGCAUCGACAUGCAAUGCAUUAUAUGUCACACUGCUGGCAAGGAUGAUCACCAGUAGAUCCUGUGGGUUGCUGGAGAAGAGCCUGGAGCAGUGUCUGCAGUGUCAGGACACCAUGUCACUUUACCGCCUGGCACUCAAAAUGACAUUGAACUCUCUCAGCACGGACAGAGAGCGCCACAUUAUGAGAGAGAUACUGGGCCUUGUAUGUGCCAGCCAUAAUGGAGUGAGUGAAUCAGAGGUACUAGAUCUUUUCCCAGAGGUAGAGUUGCCUGUCCUGUCCUCUCUGCUGUACCUGUUGAACAGACUCUGCAUUGUAACACUCCGUUGUGGACUCAUCAGGUUUCAACAUCUACAGGCUUGGGAAGCUGUGAGGCUAGAGUUUCUGACUGGAGGAAGUAGCUCCACCACUUAUAGAGAGAAACUAAUUCAUUACUUCAACCAGCAACUCAGCCAAGAUCGAGUGACGUGGCGUGUCGCAGAUGAGCUUCCCUGGCUGCUCCAGCAGGAGGAGGACAAACCUAAACUGCAGCUCAGCCUCUUGAACUUGUUUGUCUCUCAAAAUCUCUACAAGAGGGGUCAUUUCUCUGAGCUCUUGGCCUACUGGCAGUAUGUCGGCAAAGACAAAAGCUCCAUGGCCACCGAGUAUUUUGACUCUCUGAAGCGCUACGAGAAGAGCUGCGAGAGUGAAGACAGCAUGACCAGGCUCGCAAAUCUGUAUGAGACUUUGGGACGUUUCCUCAAAGAUCUGGGCCUCCCUAGUCAGGCUGUAGCACCUUUACAAAGGUCUCUUGAGAUUAGAGAGACAGCCUUGGAUCCAGACCAUCCCAGUGUAGCUCGCUCUCUGCACCAGCUGGCUGGAGUUUAUGUCCAAUGGAAGAAGUAUGGAAAUGCUGAGCAGCUGUACAAGCAAGCCCUUGAGAUAAGCGAGAAUGCCUACGGAGCCGAGCAUGCCAGUGUGGCUCGAGAACUGGAGUCACUCGCCAUGCUCUAUCAGAAGCAAAACAAGUAUGAACAAGCAGAGAAACUCAGGAAGAGGUCUAUGAAGAUCCGUCAGAAAACUGCUCGACAGAAAGGUCAUAUGUAUGGCUUCAGUUUGUUGAGGCGCAGAGCCCUGCAGCUGGAAGAGCUGACCCUAGGAAAAGACUCUGCAGACUGUGCCAAAACUUUAAAUGAACUGGGUGUUCUUUAUUACCUCCAGAACAACCUAGAUGCAGCCAAGGUGUUUUUAACCCGCUCUUUGGAGAUGCGCCAGCGGGUCCUCGGUCCUGAUCACCCGGACUGUGCUCAGUCACUCAACAACCUGGCUGCACUGCACACUGAAAGGAGAGAAUAUGAAGCAGCUGAGGACAUGUAUGAAAGGGCUCUAGACAUCCGCAAGAAAGCCUUGUCUCCUGACCACCCUUCUCUGGCAUACACACUCAAACACCUCGCCAUGCUCUAUAAACGCAGAGGGAAACUAGAGAAGGCUGUUCCACUUUAUGAGCUCUCGCUGGAUAUCAGGGAAAAAAGUUUUGGCCCCAAGCACCCCAGUGUAGCCACCGCACUGGUCAACCUGGCAGUAAUCUACUGCCAACUGAAGAAGCACAGCGAUGCCUUGCCCCUUUAUGAACGAGCACUGAAAAUCUACGAGGACAGUUUGGGUCGCUCUCAUCCACGGGUUGGGGAGACCCUCAAAAACCUGGCUGUGCUAAGCUAUGAAGAGGGCGAAUUCGAGAAGGCAGCAGAGCUUUACAAGCGUGCAAUGGAGAUCAAAGAGGCAGAGCCAUCAUUAGUGUGUGGUAACGCCCCAUCUCGCCAUUCCUCCAGCGGAGACGCAUUUAGUGUGAGAGGACCUGCUCCCCUCCCACAUGCUCAGAGUGCUGGACAGUCAAACCCAACUUUCCUAAUCCAGACGCCGUCAAACAGUUAUGUUCUCAGGAAGCAACCCCCAGGUGAGCUGUUGCCAGGAGCUCACAAGGUGGACAGGGAGUAUCGAGUGCAGAAGGUCCUCUUCUCUGUUGGUUUCCCCGUUCCACAGCCCCUUCUGUACUGCGCUGAUAUUGAAGUCAUUGGAACAGAGUUCUACUUAAUGCAACAUGUGAAGGGGCGCAUAUUCAGGGAUCUUCGUCUACCUGGAGUGAGUCCAGCAGAGAGAACAGCUCUGUAUGUGGCUGCGGUGGAAGUCCUGGCAAAGCUGCACUCACUGGAUCUGCCAUCACUGAACCUUGAAGCAUAUGGAAGAGGGCCAGGUUAUUGCAGAAGACAAGUUUCCACCUGGACCAAGCAGUACACUGCGGCAGCCCACAGAGACAUUCCAGCCAUGAAUGAACUGUCUGAUUGGUUGAUGAAAAAUCUACCAGCCAGUGACAAUGAGGUGACCCUUGUCCACGGAGAUUAUCGACUGGAUAACUUAAUAUUCCAUCCAACAGAGGCGCAUGUGAUCGCUGUGUUGGACUGGGAGCUUUCUACCACUGGACAGCCACUGGCAGAUCUGGCCUACUUCCUUAUGCCACAAUACUGGCCUGCAAGUCUCAGCGUUAUCAGCACGAUGGGCAGUUUAAAAGGAAUAGAGGGUAUCCCAACUGUGGAAGACCUGAUCUCCAUUUACUGCAGGUGCCGGGGGAUCCCCCCUGCAUUGCCACAACUGAAUUUCUACUUGGCCCUGUCUGUCUUUAAAAUGGCAGGAAUUGCCCAGGGGAUCUACGCUCGUCACCUCCUGGGUAAUGCCAGUGCACCAAAUGCAGCUCAGUUUGGCCAGUGUGUGGAGCCCUUGGCUAAGGUUGCCUUGCAGCUUGGGCAGAGGCCCCUCACAGGUCCAACAAAGGACAGAUUGUUUUUCCAGACAGCUAAAGGUCGGGCUGUUCUCCAGCAGGUCAAAGAUUUCAUGAGACAAUAUGUGCUUCCUGCUCAGAAGGAGGUUGCACAGUAUUACACCAAACACGCUGAGUCUCCACAGAGAUGGCACACCCCUCAAAUUAUAGAGGAUCUGAAGAUUAAAGCCAGGGAAGCCGGGCUGUGGAACCUGUUCCUGCCUGCAGUCAGUGGGCUCACCCAGCUGGAUUAUGCCUAUAUUGCUGAAGAAACCGGCCGCUGUGUGUUUGCCCCUGAAGUCUUUAACUGCCAGGCUCCUGACACAGGAAAUAUGGAAGUGCUCCACAUGUUUGGCAGUGAGGAGCAGAAGAAGAAAUGGCUGGAACCUUUACUCAGAGGAGAGAUUCGCUCCUGCUUCUGUAUGACAGAACCUGAUGUGGCCUCCAGUGAUGCAACCAACAUGGAGUGUAGUCUUCACAGGGAUAAAGACGACUACAUCAUAAAUGGGAAAAAAUGGUGGAGCAGCGGUGCCGGCAAUCCCCAGUGCAAAGUGGCCAUUGUCAUGUGCAGGAGCGGCAUUCGGGAUGAAAAAAUCAGGCACAGCCAGCACAGUAUGAUCCUCGUACCUAUGAACACAGCAGGUGUAAAGCUCAUCAGACCACUCACUGUGUUCGGUCAGGAUGAUGCGAUCCAUGGUGGCCACUUUGAAGUGCAUUUUGAAAAUGUGCGCGUACCCGCCUCCAGCAUUAUUCUAGGGGAGGGCAGGGGAUUUGAGAUUGCCCAAGGUCGCCUGGGGCCAGGCAGGCUGCACCACUGUAUGAGAGCUGUCGGACUAGCAGAGUUGGCAUUGGAGCUACUCUGCCAGCGGGCUGCCACCAGACACACCUUUGGAAAACAACUGUACCAGCAUAUUGCUAUGAUCAAGGUUGCAGCAGGAAGAAUGGCCUGCAAGGUGGUGGACAUAGCCAUACAGGUAUAUGGUGGUGCAGGUGUGUCUGGAGACGUUCCACUAGCACAGAUGUACUCGUAUGUGCGGACUCUGCGCAUCGCUGAUGGACCAGAUGAGGUGCACCUCUCCUCUAUAGCCUAUUUGGAACUCAGAGAUCAACUAAAGAAGGCACAGGCAAAGCUCUAAAAACAUGGCCACAGCUUCAUUACACUGCAGUAAACUAUUACUGCCCCGAUAAGCAUUUUUGGCCCUAAAGUGAGAUUGCUUGAUUUUUAUUCACUAUUUGCAAAAACACUGAAAUGAAAAACCUUACUAAACAUACUACCUGUAAAGAAGCACCCUUCCAUAUGUGCCAGAUGAAAAUCAAAUAAAACAUGAUUAAAGUGUC